CAGAAAACGCGUUAUAGGUUAUGUCGGUGGAAAAAGCCAAAACCACCGACUGACAUAACCUUAACUAAGUUUACAGUUUCUAAGGUUAAUUGUCUUUUACGAACGUGAAAUUUGGAGCAUCUAGUUUUUAGUGUCAAUCAAUAUAUUUAAACCGAGGUUGUAUCAUAAUAAAACAAUGGCAACAAGUGGUAAUAUAGCACUGCUCUCUGUAUCCAACAAAACCGGCUUAGUGGAACUAGCAAAGAACCUGAAUAGCUUGGGUUUCAAGUUGGUCGGUAGCGGGGGCACAGCAACACAGUUGAGACAGGCAGGGCUGUCAGUUAAAGAUGUUUCAGAAAUAUCAGGAGCCCCAGAAAUCCUGGGCGGUCGAGUGAAAACGUUACAUCCAGCCGUCCAUGGAGGAAUUUUAGCUAGAUUAAUUCCUUCAGACCAAGAAGACUUGAUGAAACAGAAAAUCGAGAUGGUAAGACUAGUAGUUUGUAACUUGUAUCCUUUUGUGGAGACUGUGUCGAAGGAGAAUGUUACAGUGGAUGAUGCGGUUGAAAAUAUUGAUAUUGGUGGGGUUACCCUAUUGAGAGCUGCUGCAAAAAACCAUUCAAGAGUAACUGUUAUAGUCGAUCCUUCAGACUAUGCCAGGGUUAUCAAUGAACUGAAAACCAAUCCAAGUGGUGAUACGAGUAUUGAAACCAGACAAACCCUGGCUUUGAAAGCAUUCACACACACCUCUGAGUAUGAUUCGGCUAUCUCUGAUUACUUUCGCAAGCAAUACUCUAGGAAUAUAUCUCAAAUUAGCCUAAGGUAUGGCAUGAAUCCCCAUCAGAAACCUGCACAAUUGUAUACUGAGUUAGAAAGACUACCCUUAACUGUUGUUAAUGGUUCUCCUGGAUACAUCAAUUUAUGUGACGCUUUGAAUGGGUGGCAGUUGGUGAAAGAGCUGAAAACUGCUCUUGGGCUACCUGCUGCCACUAGCUUCAAACAUGUUUCACCAGCAGGAGCAGCAGUUGGUAUUCCUCUGAACCCAGAGCAGGCGAAAUUGUGCAUGGUUGAUGAUCUUUUGGAAAUUCUUUCCCCACUUGGUAUAGCGUAUGCUAGAGCUCGAGGAGCAGACAGGAUGUCAUCGUUUGGAGACUUUAUUGCUCUGUCAGAUAUCUGUGACUACUCCACAGCUAAAAUCAUAUCCAGGGAAGUAUCAGAUGGAAUUAUCGCACCUGGAUAUUGCCCAGAAGCUCUGGAGUUACUCAAGAAAAAAAAGAAUGGAGGUUACUGCAUUCUUCAGAUUGAUCCUGACUACACUCCAAGUCCCAUCGAAAGAAAGAUGAUUUUUGGUUUAACUCUGGAACAACACAGAAAUAACGCAGUGAUUAACGAAUCUCUUUUCAGUAAUGUAGUAACUGAAAACAAAGAUCUCUCAGAGUCAGCUAUAAGAGAUCUAAUUGUGGCUACGAUAGCUCUAAAAUAUACCCAGAGCAAUUCAGUUUGCUAUGCUAAAGAUGGACAAGUUAUUGGCAUUGGGGCUGGCCAACAGUCUAGAAUACAUUGCACUCGUUUAGCUGGUGAAAAGGCAGACAACUGGUGGCUGAGGCAGCACCCUAGGGUCAUUGGUAUGAAGUUCAAAAAAGGAGUCAAGAGGGCAGAAAUUUCUAACGCUAUUGAUAAUUUUGUCAACGGUAAUGUUGGAAAAGAUAUGAGCAGAGUUGUUUUCGAAUCAAUGUUCGAGGAAGUACCUGUGGACUUGAACCAAGAGGAACGUGCAGCCUGGCAAACCCAACUUUCUGGAGUCGCUUUGGGAUCUGACGCUUUCUUCCCUUUCAGAGACAAUAUUGACAGAGCAAGGCAAAGCGGAGUUUUGUUCAUUGCCAGUCCUUCAGGAUCCACCAACGAUGAGGAGGUCAUCAAAGCUUGUAAUGAACAUAAAAUUUUUAUGGCACAUACUAAUUUGCGUCUCUUCCAUCAUUAAUAUUUUGUUUUCAAAACUGCCCCGUACUAAUUUUAUAUGUGAAUUUUGUCAAA